AUGGCCUCCUAAUAAACAGAAGACCUCUUUGAAGCUGAAGUCUUGCAGUCACAACAAAAAAGUUUUGAAAAAAAUACACAGUAUUGCAGCUAAUUUAUUCCACUGAAACAAUUUUGGAAUGCCUGACCACUGACAGUCAAAUAUAAUCAUCAUAAUAAAAAAGAUCAGAUUCUCAAAUCCUUUGAAGAAGGAAUACAAAGGAUGCCAUCCAUCACAAGAAAUUCAGGUGAGAACGGGAGCGGCGGCGAGGCGAAGAAGCGCUGCGGGGAGACGGAGCAGCCGCAGCCGGGAGAGGCUGCCGAGGGCGGCGAGCGGUCCCCGGCGAUGGAGCCGAGCGUGGCCCCCGAGGAAGGGCCGGAGGCGCCGCUUCCCCUGCAGGCGCCCUGCGGCUUCGGCUCCGCGCUCUGCUUCAGCUCGUCCGGCGGCGGCGGCGGCGAUGAUGACCAGGCGCCGCGUCCGGAGCUCGAGGCCGCCUCUCCUUCCUCCUCGUCGUCGGGCAGCGGCGUGGUGAAGCCCCGGUGGGACCUGAACAGCGCGGCGGCCGAGUCGGAGGAAGAGGAGGAGGAGGAGGGCGGCAGCCGCGGCAAACCCUCGCCGGUCUCUGCGGGCAGCCCCGACUCCGACGCGCCCGGCGAGGCGCCCCCCGUGCGUCCCUUCCCCUCGCCGGCGGCGGCGGCGGCGUCGUCCGAGGAGCCGGACCUGGUGAUCGAGGUGUGCGGGCGGCGCGUGCGGGCGCACAAGGCGGCGCUGGCGGCCCAGAGCGACUAUUUCCGCGCGCGAUCCUCGCGGGACGUGCUGCGCCUGAAGGGCGUGAGCCUGGCGGCGCUGCGGCUGCUGCUGGAGUACGUGUACACGGCGCGCAUGGCCGAGGUGCGGCACGAGGACCUGGCCGAGGUGCUGAGCGGGGCGCGCGUGCUGCAGAUGCCCUGCGCCCUGCACUGCGCCGCCGAGGCCGCGCGCGCCCAGCUCAGCCUGGCCAACUGCUACCAGCUGCUCUGCCUGGCCAAGAAGCAGCGCCUGGCCGAGCUGCGCGAAGCCGCCUUCCGCUUCAUGGCCGACCACUACCUGCAGGUGCUGCGCGAGCCCGCCGUCUACGGCCGCCUGAGCGGCGCCGAGCGGGAGCUCAUCCUGCGCCGCCGCCUGGAGGCCGGACGGGCCUGCCUGCUGGUGGCCGAGGUCAGCGACGCCUUCGAGCGGCUGGGCAGCCGGCCGCAGAGCCGCGAGAGCAGCCGCCCGCAGAGCCCGUCCUCGGUGGCCUCCCUGGAGGACGGCGGCGCCGGCGCCCUGCUCUACAGCUACCAGGAGGCCGGCCAGGAGUGGAGCGUCCUCACGCGGCUGCCCGAGGAGGCCAACGCCAAGGGAUGCGCCAUGUGCGUCCUCUACAACUACCUGUUCUUGGCCGGAGGGAUCUCCGCCGCCACUGGCGACCAGCGGCCCAAGCUGUCGGACAAGGUCUUUUGCUACAACCCCUUAACGGACACCUGGAGCCAGGUGAAGCCCAUGGGGCAGGCACGCUCUCAGCUGAAGCUCCUGGCCCUGGACGGGUAUCUCUACGCGGUGGGCGGGGAAUGCCUCUUCACGGUGGAGAAGUAUGACCCCCGCUCGGACCGGUGGAGCCCCGUGGCCCCUCUGCCCAAGGGGGCCUUCGCCGUGGCGCACGAGGCCACCACCUGCAACGGGGAGAUCUACGUGUCUGGGGGCUCCCUCUUCUACCGGCUGCUCAAGUACGACCCCAAGCGGGACGAGUGGCAGGAGUGUCCUUACAACAGCAGCCGCCGUCGCUCGGCUGACAUGGUGGCCUACAAGAGCUUCAUUUACCGCUUCGACGUGAGCAGCAGCCGCGGGGAGCAGGGCCCGGGCGGAGGCGGAGUGGAAGUCUUCCAGUACAAUACGGUGGCCAAGCACUGGCGUCAGUGCGCUUCCUUUCGCCCCGCCGGCAGCCCCGUCCAACCUUUCCGCUGUGCAGCCUUGGGCAGCGCCAUCUAUUGCGUCAACCGGACUGGGAUGUUGAGCUUCAACCUGGCUCAGAACGGCGAGGUGGAAGCGGACGGGGGACUGAAAGGCACCUUUGACACAGAACUGCUCAAAAGUCCCUUCGACGCUAAAGGCCUCCUCCUCCCAUUUGUGCUGAUCCUCCCAGAGAAGGAAAAAAUUGGGGAGCCAGAGAGUCCUCUGUCCUUGUGAGAGCUGGCCUGGCCUUCGGGUCGCUGCUUAGCAUGCAGUCCUUUAUCUGUGAUGUCAACAAUGUAGGGCUUUUACUGAAGCACGGAUGAGGGCUGGCACAAGCUCUUCGGUCUUGGGUGGUGAGGAUGGUUGGGCCCCAAAGGCAAUAGAAGUAGCAGAAGGGGGAAAGGCAGCAGUAUGUAACAACUCCUUCCAGGGUAUAGAGGAGACCAUUGUCAGAAAUGUCUUUAGUUCAUGCAUGCACGCACCAGCGUGGGGGGUUAUUGUGUCCCACCUAAAAGUGUUGGCCAGCUGUUCAAAGGCUUCCUUACUGCACUUCAUGUAGGAAAGAACUCAUCUCUUGGCAUUCGUGUUAACCAGCCAGUGGAAAGCUGCUAAAACAGGUUUAAUUGUUGUGCUGUGUCUGCCUCCCUUUCCAAUCUAGAAAUAUGUUGGAUCUGUGUAAAAACCAGAAAACAACCCAUUUUAAAAAGGAAUUUCAGCUUUCGGCGGUGUUUUUUUUGUGCAUCUUUGAAAAGAGAUUCUUCUAGGCACUUUCUGCUUGGUCUUCUUGCUCUUGGAUGCAAGGAAGGAGCCACAGGAGAACUAGGAGCUUGUAAUGUGGGAAGGGAUCAGUAUGCCAUUUUGGAAGUUUUAAUAGGCCAAAAAAAAAAAGUUCUCGUGUGAAAAAACAAUAGGCGAUCAUCCACCUCAUCAUCUUUUCUUGUUUGCAUUUUUAAGUUUAAUGAGAUCGUUAUGGAAGACAUGCCGUUGCGCAGCCUCAGGAAGUUAAAACAAUUGUGCAUGAUUAACAGAAGCAAAACAUAAGAUUUGAAACAAGUAACAUUUUCUCCCAUUUGCAUCUGUUAGAAAAAGAAGGAAAGUGGGGGGAAAAGCACCAAUAUAUCUAUUCAGUUCUGGGUUUCCUUUUUUUUCCAUGUUCAACUUUUUUAGGCAGGAUCAGAAAUAUAUAUAUUUAGUGUCACAACC